AUGGUACACUCGGGCCUCCCUUCCAUCUUUCCUAUUCGCCUAUCUUUAGGAACAAAGAGAGGCGGGGGUCAGCAACGUGGGUUCCUUAUUUCUUCGAGGUCCAAUUUCUCGUCUGGGGGCCCUUCUGGCUGGGAUAGGGUUUGGAUGAUAGCGCCCUUCCGGUCUACCCCUCUGUCCCGACAUAUCAUUCCUAUCCCGACUGGUUGGUCUUGGGGGAUUCCUUUCUCUGUGGGGACAGGUAACCCAGCGGCGUUUCCCGGGCUCUUUGCUUUCCUGGUGGGUGGUAACAGCACAUUACUCGCCACAGGUCAUACAGUUGAAUCCCAGAAACCCGGGGUCUCCUCCCCAAUUGAUUGGACAGUCCCGAGCCCUGUGCCCAGCAAUCCAUACCGCAAGUCCCAUUCUCGUUUAUUCGGAUCUGCCUCCAAUUCCCAAUUUUCCUCUACUUCUUCUUCCGGGUCCCGUGCCCGAACCUGCUCCUUCCUUUUCAUUAUCUUGAUCCCCCUGGGGUCCCUGGCUACACUGCCCCUUAUGCUGUCCCAAAGUCGUUUACUGUUGCGAGCCGCUUCAAUGGCUGCGGCCAGAGUGCUCGGUCCUUCCUUCAGAACGUCACCCCGCAGCUCCCUAUCACUCAACUCAUCCAUAUAUACGUCGGCUAACAGGGCCUGUAUCGGACCACUGUUUCGGGUCGCCAGCUCCGGGAAAGCCAGUGCUGCUAAGCCCGCUAUUCUUUCUUAUAGAUCCUCCAUGGCUUCCUUAUCUCCCUGUCGGAGUCUGAACAACUUCCUAACUGCCUCACUGGCUAUCCAUUCCUGCAGCUCUGUUAGGUCGCCCCUAAACGAGGGCAGUCUCAAGCCUCCCAUCAGUCUGCGGAACACCAUUGAAUUGCGCUCCUCUCUCUCUCUCUCUCUCUCUCUCUCUCUCUCUCUCUCUCUGCGUCCCUGGCAAAUCCACGGGUCGGAAUCCUGCGUUAUCGUUUCCUCUCUUUCAUUUCUUUCUUCCUUUCUUUGUUAUCAUUUCCUCUCUCUCAUUUCUUCCUUUCUUUCUUUCUUUAUUAUCGUUUCCUCUCUAUCAUUCAUUCCUUUCUUUCUUUCUUUCUUUCUUAUCGUUUCCUCUCUCUCUCAUUUCUUCCUUUCUUUCUUUCUUAUCGUUUCAUCUCUAUCAUUCAUUCCUUUCUUUCUUUCUUUCUUUUUUCUUUCUUUCUUUCUUAUCGUUUCAUCUCUAUCAUUUCUCCCUUUCUUUCUUUCUUAUCAUUUCCUCUCUAUCAUUCAUUCCUUUCUUUCUUUCUUUCUUUCUUUCUUUCUUUCUUAUCGUUUCCUCUCUCUCAUUUUUUCCUUUCUUUCUUUCUUUCUUUCUUAUCAUUUCCUCUCUAUCAUUUAUUCCUUUCUUUCUUUCUUUCUUUCUUUCUUUCUUUCUUAUUGUUUCCUCUCUCUCAUUUUUCCUUUCCUUUCUUUCUUUUCUUUUUCCUUUUUUCUUUUUCUUUCUCUCUUUCUUAUCAUUUUUUCCUUUCUUUCUUUCUUUCUUUCUUUCUUUCAUAUCGUUUCCUCUCUCUCAUUUUUUCCUUUCUUUCUUUCUUUCUUUCUUUCUUUCUUUCUUUCUUUCUUUCAUAUCGUUUCCUCUCUCUCAUUUUUUCCUUUCUUUCUUUCUUUCUUUCAUAUCGUUUCCUCUCUCUCAUUUCUCCCUUUCUUUCUUUCUUGUCGUUUCCUCUCUCUCAUUUCUUCCUUUCUUCCUUUCUUUCUUGUCGUUUCCUCUCUAUCAUUUAUUCCUUUCUUUCUUUCUUUCUUAUCGUUUCCUCUCUCUCUCAUUUCUUCCUUUCUUUCUUUAUUUGUUAUUGUAAGAAUUGUGUAA